CCAUGAGUUACCGGGUCAGCGAGGAAAAACUUGAAGAAUACUACCAGGUAUCCCUGCAACUGGUCAGGAAGUGCGGUCAGCUUUUCUUGGAAGGUUUCCAGAAACCAAAGCCCGAAUACGAAAUCAAGACAGCAUUCUAUGACUUGGUCACCGUGUACGACAAGCAAAUAGAAGCCACUCUUACAGAUGGAUUGCUAAAGGCGUUCCCGGAAUCCAAAAUAAUAGGGGAAGAAGCUAUGGCAAACGCCAAGACCCAGGUCGAGUUGACGGAUGCCCCCACGUGGAUCAUAGAUCCCAUUGAUGGCACCAACAACUACGUGCAAAAGAUUCCCCAUUGCUGUAUUUCCGUGGGUUUGGCCGUAAACAAAGAGCUGGUGCUGGGGAUUGUCUAUAAUCCACCUGCAAAUGAGUUGUAUUCAGCUUGGCAAGGUCACGGAGCUUUUUUAAAUGGGCAACCCAUUGAGGUUUCUAACGCUAAAAAGGUGAACCAAGCAGUGGUGGGCUAUGAGAUCUCCCUAAUCGUGGUGCCCAAGGGGCGAGACAAGAACGUGAAGCGUCUCUACAAGUUGGCCUCGAAUGCCACAGGCACUCGCAGCUUUGGAAGUGCAGCUCUCACGCUCUGCUACAUAGCCGCCGGCAGAUGUGACGCCUAUCAUGUGGAGAAUCUUAAGCCCUGGGAUCUGGCAGGCGGUGCGGUAAUCCUCAGGGAAGCCGGCGGAUGUGUUUACAACACCAGCGGAGAGAGAUUUGAUGUGAUGAAACCCGAUUGUGUGUGCACCAGCUCUGAAGAAUUGGCCAAAGAUGUAAUUGAAUUAAUAGAAGCAGCUGACCAAAUUACUGGCUAUACUUUUGAAUAAAAAUCGUAAAUAGUAAAUCA